GCAGCGCCCCAUACAUUCCAGUCCAUGCACACCUCACAGACCGCCGAUUGAACUAUAACUUUGGUGACAGGAUAACUGUGACUUGCAAUACAAGCUCGGAUACCUUUACCCUUCAGUGCCACAACAAGGGACUCUGGAGUGGCCCUGUAAUUUCAUGUCCUGCACCAUUAUAUCCAGACGGUCUUCCAGCUAAAUGUAGCGCGCCAAUAAUUCCAAGGUACUCCGCGAUUCAAUCCCUUCAGUUGAGCUAUAACCAUGGGGAAAGUGUGAAUGUACAAUGUGACAAUAGCAGUGUUCAACCCUUUGCACUUCAAUGUAAUACCACAGGAUUAUGGAUUGGCCAAAUGCGACAAUGUCCUCCGCCAAUUGCAGAGCCAGUACGAUGUAACAGUCCGUACAUCCCGAGAUAUGGGUCUAUUGAUAACCUUCGUCUGGACUAUAAUAUUGGCACCAGUGUUAGGAUCACAUGUGACAACAGUACAGACAGCUAUAGCCUUCGGUGUCACUCUGAUGGAUUCUGGACGGGAAGCGUUCUUUCUUGUCCGGCACCAGUUGAAGCACCAGAAAAGUGCAGCGCCCCAUACGUCCCAAGGUACGCUACAAUCCAGGACCUCAGAAUGAGCUAUGACUUCAAUGAAAUAAUAACCGUGACGUGUGACAACAGCACUACACAGUUUACCCUAAUGUGUCAUACGCAUGGCCUUUGGAGUGGCCCGGUGGUGUCCUGUCCAGAACCUUACAGACCCCCUACAAAGUGCAACGCUCCUAGCAUUCCAAGAUAUUCCAAGAUAUCCGCUCGAAAUCUUGAAACAUCUUACGACUUGGGCGCCAGGGUAAAUGUAAGAUGUGAUAAUAGCUCGGUUCGAUUCGCACUCCGAUGUCGCACUGGUGGACUCUGGGAGGGACAGGUACAAGCUUGCCCGACACCUGUAGAAAAACCGAUACGAUGUAACAGUCCGUACAUCCCGAAGUAUGGGUCAAUUGAUAACCUUAGUUUGGACUACAAUGUUGGCGACAGUGUUAGGAUCACAUGUGACAACAGUACGGACAGCUAUAACCUUCGGUGUAACUCUGAUGGAUUCUGGACGGGAAGCGUUCUUUCUUGUCCUGCACCAAUUGAAGCUCCAGAGAAUUGCAGCGCCCCGUACGUAUCCAGGUAUGCCACAAUUCAGGACCUCAAAAUGAGCUACGACUUCAAUGAACGAAUAACCGUAACAUGUGACAACAGUACUACACAGUUCACCCUCAGAUGUCACACGCAUGGCCUAUGGAAUGGUCCAGUAGUGUCUUGUCCAGAACCUUACAGACCCCCAGUGCAAUGCAGCGCCCCUUACGUCCCAAGGUAUGCCACAAUAAAAGACCUCAGAAUGAGCUACGACUUCAAUGAAAGAAUAACCGUAACGUGUGACAACAGUACUACACAGUUCACCCUCAUGUGUCACACGCAUGGCCUUUGGAGUGGCCCAGUGGUAUCUUGUCCAGAACCUUACAGACCUCCCGUAAAAUGCAACGCACCAUACGUCCCAAGAUAUGCAACAAUUCAGAACUUUCAGAUGAGCUAUGACUAUAGUGAUAUAAUCACUGUGACAUGUGAUGGAAGCUCCACUCAGUUUAUCCUACAGUGUGACACGAACGGUCUAUGGAAAGGGCAGGCGGUAUCUUGUCCAGAACCUCCACAAGUUCCAAGACAAUGCAAUGCUCCUGCUAUCCCGAGAUAUUCAGGUAUUGAGGGACAACAAUUGGCCUAUAAUGCUAAUGACGAGGUGAUUGUAUCCUGUGACGGAGGUAGUUCUCAGUUCACCCUUCGAUGUAACAAUGAUGGAAUAUGGACUGGACCAAAUAUCGCUUGCCCUGCGCCUGAUCCGGGUGCCUCUCAUCAAACCUUCUGUAGUGCUCCGGUCAUUCCCAGUCAUUCAACCAACCAGAAUCUUCGUCUCUCAUACAAACCUAGCGAUAGGGUUAACGUGACAUGCAAUGAAGAUCAUAGUUCCUUCCUCUUGGUAUGUCGAGAAGGGUUAUGGAUCGGACAAAACAUAGUGUGCAAGGAACCAGAUGUAGAAUGCAACCCACCAAUCAUACCGGCUGUUUCAUCUGUCGAGAAUUUAAGACCUCGCUACAAGGUCGGCGACGAGGUCAACGUCACUUGCAACGGCGACUCUGAUUGGUUCAUUUGGGAAUGUCACCGGGAUGGUAAAUGGCGGGGAAGGGCCAUUGAUUGCCCUAUUCCAAGACCAUCCCUUGGCCAUGUUAGUCCCGUUCCAGGAAAUACUGCAGAUAGAAAAGCCGAGGAGAGCAGAGGUUUCUUAACUACGGCCCUGCUUGUAACUGCGACGAUCAUUUUCGUUUUGGUGUUGAUGUCAAUGGCAGGCUUCUCGAUCUUCGUGAAACGUCGGGUCCAUUCAUCCUCGAACGAAUACCUGCAUGAUAAAGACCGGGGACCACUCCCCGACGUCCCGUCGGGAUACGCAGGUUACAUUGCAGGUGACAAGUCAUUGUACACGGAACCCUACCUCAAACCAGACCGCAACACUCAUAACUACGAGGACUAUGAUACCCCACGUUAAGCUAUCUUGCUCGAAUCGGCAUCGGCGAUGACAAUACGUUGUACGAAAAGAUAAAGAAGAAUGACGAAAAAACAUGAUUACAAAACGGAAUAUUUACACAAAGAAACAUAAAUGAUAUGAGAAAAAAAAAUAGAUUACUUAAAAUCCUCUCUGUUUUUGGUGAUGUGUUUCAUUCCUACUAUUCGGAGAAAUUUCAUAUUGAUUUGUUUGUAUUAAUACAUUUUAGAAGUAACUUGCAUUUUGUUGCCAUGCUUAUGAAUAAUUAUUUUAUACAUCAAAUCUCCAAAUUAAGCUAUUCCGGUUAAAAUCAAAAUCAUCUUAAUUAAAUGUUAACAAGGGCUUCAUAUUACAUGUACUUAAGUAAUCAAAUAUUAAACCUAAAUUCAAAUAUGAGGAACAAAGACUUGGACAAUCUGAAACAAUCUUUUAUCAGUAAUGCAUUGAGUUGAGUCGAAAUGAAAUAAACCAAACUUGAACUUGAACUUGUUCUUUUCGAUAUAAGUGAAAUAAAAACAAAAUAAAUGCGAGUAUUGAUCUUGCUUUGUAUGUGUGUUUGGAUCUCCUGUUGAUAUACAGACAUUGUAAAUAUGCGCACAUAAAAAAAUGGUAUCUGAGUAUUUCAAGCGAUAGCAAAAACGAUUUUUAUACCGUAAUGUAGUAGUUCUUUUUAGAUGAACAGUCGUAAUGACUUUCAUUACAUAUAUUCAUUGCAGUUGGUUGGGGAGAAUAAAAGCUUUCAAAAGAUGUGUUGAAGAUAUCAAGCUAUAAUCAAACGCUUUAUUCAUACAUUAAUCAGAUGCUAAGACACGAUAGUUUUAUCUAUAUUCAAAUAUUAGUUCUUGGUAUGCAUUUAUCAAGCGCCUGUAACCUAUUGCAAUAUCAUUUAUCACUGUUGAUAUUUCCUUGAAAUAUGUUUUUUUAUCAAUAUUGGUUAUAGUUAAAUAUUGAGUAUAGUUUCCUAGUGGUAAAACAUUCGAUUUUUUUUUUUUUUUUUUCUUGCAAAAGUAUCGGGCCCAUUUUAAAUGUGAUUUCUGUGAGAACUUAUUUUCACAAGGCCUCUGUGCUUUUCUUCUCAAGUUCUCUUUCAUUCAAUUAUGAUAUUUAAUCAAGUCAAUGUUUUGUUUAUGUAUAAUAUGUUUUGCUCUGUAUAAUUUUAUGCAUUUAUAAUUUGUUUGCAUUGUACAUGUGUUUUUUUAACCUAUUUGACUUUGAAUGAAUAUAGAAUUGAACUGAAUUGAAUAAUCUGGAAAUAUGUUUGUUCUUCUGGAAUUGAUGGAAUUAAGAGAG